GCCCCUCCAUCCCACUUCUUAGACAUGAGAAUGACUUCUUUUCAACCAUCCCAUUCUUCUCUUCAAAACAAACAUCUAUCUUCCCUCAAACUCAACUUACCUCUCUCCAUCUCUCUCUCAAACACUACACCCAAAAAUGCCACAACAAACCAUCCCCGCCCGCCACGGCAUCGCAGCCGCCCUCAACGCCGGCGAAACCAUCAAAGUCAUCAACACGCACGGCACCCAAGUCGUCGACACCUUCGCCUUCACGCUGUCUUCUCCCUCCACUAUCUCCACCCAGCUCUCGAUGCAACACACGCGCGCAAGCUUGAAUAAAAUCAUCCCGCAGCCAGGCGAUGGACUUUUUAACAAUAAACGAGAAAAACUUCUGACGGUGCUAGAGGAUACCAGUGGCGGCAUCCACGACACGAUGAUAGCGGCGUGUGAUAGGCAGCGGUAUGAAGAAUUGGGGGGUGGGAGUAGUCAUCGGAAUUGUGCGGAUAAUUUGGUUGAGGGGUUGGAGGGCCUUGGGAUUGAGGCACCAACAUUCACGCCGUCGCCUCUGAAUCUGUUUAUGAAUAUCCCGGUGCAUGAGGAUAGGACGACCAUCUCGUUUGAGGCGCCGGUUAGUACGGCUGGGUCGUAUGUGGUGUUGAGGGCGGAGGUGGAUUUGGUGGUUGCUUUUAGUGCUUGUCCGCAGGAUAUUUUGAAGAUUAAUUGUGGGAAGCCUGUUGAUGCUCAUUGUGAGAUAUCUUGAAGGGAUGUACAGUGGAAGAAAAAAGAUUGGGAAAAGGAUCUACUUUGGCAAAAAGGUAAACUGCAUGCUACUGCUCUUCUUGAUAUACGGCGAACUUUAGGUUAAACCAACAAAUUACCCGCAGUCGUAGAAGCAACAACACCAGUAGUAUUACUAUCCUUCAUCAGCCAC